AAGAUAAGACAGAAAAGAUAAAAAAUAUUGUGUUACUUCGUAAAAAGGAAAACCAUUUGGAAAAUGAAUUAAAGGUGUUAAGCGGGCUUCCUUUGCUCUAUACUGGAACAACUCUCGAUAAUGUUUCUUCUAUCAAGAUAGUGGGGCUUGUGUAUGAUAACAAAGAAAAUCUUCAAACUAUUUAUCCGGAACAUGGCGAUAAAAUUAUUAAGGUUAAGAAUGUUAUCAAUUCUUUGGGAACAGAAAAAAAGGCAAUUAAAAAAAUUUCUCUUUCAAUCAAGUUAUUAAAAAUUGAUAUUUUGGGUAAAAAG